CAGGAUUGAAAAUUAGGUAAUCAUUUUAGCAUGAAUCCAGUUCAAUCCACUUAGCGCGGAUCCCAAUUUGGCACCAUCCCUCAUGCUUAGCGGCAGCCACGGUUGGCGCCGAUUGAUUCAGCCCGUGACUGGACAAGCCGGGGCAGCUUUCCUGGGUGGAUCGGGGAUCACGCAGGCGGCAGCAGACAGAUUUCGAUUUCCAGUGCGAGGGGAGACCUUCUGGCUGGUCACGACUCAAGGAACGGAGUACAGUGUCUCACACAGCCGGAAAUCUUCAUCGGAGGGGUCGAGAGUGGUAGAAGAAAGCCGUUUCAAAGAACAUGAGGAUGAUGAGGGUGAUGGUAGAUGAUGAUA